CCCCGCGGCCUGGAAGCCUGAGCGGGCCGAGCCGCCACCGCGGCCGGAGCUGUCCCUUAGCCAGACCCGGCGAGACACGAGCGGCGGGAGGGAGGCGGUGGCGCGCCCGGCCGCGCCCGCUCGCCCGCCCGACCGAGCGUCGGACGCGGCCCGGCGCCGAGCCAUGGAGCCUGAACCAGUGGAGGACUGUGUGCAGAGCACUCUCGCCGCCCUGUAUCCACCCUUUGAGGCAACAGCCCCCACCCUGUUGGGCCAGGUGUUCCAGGUGGUGGAGAGGACUUAUCGGGAAGAUGCACUGAGGUACACGCUGGACUUCCUGGUACCAGCCAAGCACCUGCUUGCCAAAGUCCAGCAGGAAGCCUGUGCCCAAUAUAGUGGAUUCCUCUUCUUCCAUGAGGGGUGGCCGCUCUGCCUGCAUGAACAGGUAGUGGUGCAGCUAGCAGCCCUGCCCUGGCAGCUGCUGCGUCCAGGAGACUUCUAUCUGCAAGUGGUACCCUCAGCUGCCCAAGCACCACGACUAGCACUCAAGUGUCUGGCCCCUGGGGGUGGGAGGGUGCAGGAGAUUCCUGUGCCCAGUGAGGCCUGUGCCUACCUAUUCACACCUGAGUGGCUACAAGGCAUCAACAAGGACCGGCCAACGGGUCGCCUCAGUACCUGCCUACUGUCUGCACCCUCUGGGAUUCAACGGCUGCCCUGGGCUGAGCUCAUCUGCCCACGAUUUGUGCACAAAGAGGGCCUCAUGGUUGGACAUCAGCCAAGUACACUGCCCCCAGAACUGCCCUCUGGACCUCCAGGGCUUCCCAGCCCUCCACUUCCUGAGGAGGCGCUGGGCACCCGGAGCCCUGGGGAUGGGCACAAUGCCCCUGUGGAAGGACCUGAGGGUGAGUAUGUGGAGCUGUUGGAGGUGACUCUGCCCGUGAGGGGGAGCCCAACAGAUGCUGAAGGCUCCCCGGGCCUCUCCAGAGUCCGGACGGUACCCACUCGCAAGGGUGCUGGAGGGAAAGGCCGCCACCGGAGACACCGGGCGUGGAUGCACCAGAAGGGCCUGGGACCUCGGGACCAGGAGGGAGCACGCCCACCCGGCGAGGGGAGCAGCACCGGAGCCUCCCCUGGGUCUCCCCAAGGAGCUGAGGCUGUCCCAGAGGCGGUAGUCUUGCAGGUGUCUGAGGCCCCAGCAGAGGCCUUGGGAGAAGCUUCUAAAUCUUGCCCCCUGAGGCCAGGGGAACUUGGAGGAGGAGGAGGAGGAGGAGGAGGAGGAGGAGGAGGAGGAGGAGGAGGAGGAGGAGGAGGAGGAGAAGGAAGCCAAGGGGCUGAAGGACCACCUGGUACCCCUCGGAGAACAGGCAAAGGAAACAGAAGAAAGAAGCGAGCUGCAGGCAGAGGGGCUCUAAGCCGAGGAGGGGACAGUGUCCCACUGAGCUCUGGAGACAAGGAAGAGGCCAGCCACCAAGAAGCCCUUGGCAAUGUACCCUCACCAAGUGAGCACAAGCUUCCAGAAUGCAUCCUGGUUAAGGAGGAAUAUGAAGGUGCAGGGAAGCCAGAAUCUGAGCCAAAAGAGGAGCUCAAGCCAGCAGAUAAAAAAGAGCCUCAGCCCCCAGAAGCCUGUGGGCCAACAGAAGAGGAGGCCAAAGAGAGAGAGCAGCAGGGGCCAGGUCUGCUGCGUAUGGCAGGGCACACAGGCCCCGAAGGCCUCCUGUCUGACCCUCCAUCACCUCCGUUGGAGACUGUGCAGGGAGGAAAAGGGGACAGCAUUCUGGAAGAGGGCCUUCCGGUCUCCAUCUCUGAUGACGCUGAUGUAGCUUGGGACUUGAUGGCAUCUGGAUUCCUCGUCCUGACCGGAGGGGUGGACCAGAGUGGGCGAGCUCUGCUGACCAUUACCCCACGGUGCCCUCCUGAGGAGCCCCCACCCUCCCGAGACACGCUGAGCACUACUCUUCAUUACCUCCACUCACUGCUCAGGCCUGAUCUACAGCUACUGGGGCUGUCCAUCCUGCUGGACCUUCGCCAGGCACCUCCACUGCCUCCAGCACUCCUUCCUGUCUUGAGCCAACUUCAGGACUCAGGAGAUCCUCCCCUCAUUCAGCGACUGCUGAUUCUCACUCAUGAUGACCCUCCAACUGAACUCUGUGGAUUUCAGGGUGCUGAGGUGCUGUCAGAGAACGAUCUGAAAAGAGUGGCCAAGCCAGAGGAGCUGCAGUGGGAAUUAGGAGGUCACAGGGACCCCUCUCCCAGUCACUGGGUAGAGGUACACCAGGAAGUGGUAAGGCUAUGCCACCUGUGCCAAGGUGUGCUGGGCUCGGUACGGCAGGCCAUUGAGGAGCUGGAGGGAGCAGCAGAGCCAGAGGGAGAGGAGACAGUGGGAAUGCCCAAGCCCCUGCAGAAGGUGCUGGCAGAUCCCCGGCUGACGGCACUGCAGAGGGAUGGGGGUGCCAUCCUGAUGAGGCUGCGCUCCACUCACAGCAGCAAGCUGGAGGGCCAAGGCCCAGCCAUGCUGUAUCAGGAAGUGGACGAGGCCAUUCACCAGCUCGUACGCCUCUCCAACCUGCAAGUGCAGCAGCAAGAGCAGCGGCAGUGCCUGCGGCGACUCCAGCAGGUAUUGCAGUGGCUCUCAGGCCCAGGAGAGGAGCAGCUGGCGAGCUUUACUGUGCCCGGGGAUACCCUGUCUGCCUUGCAGGAGACAGAGCUUCGAUUCCGGGCCUUCAGCACUGAGGUCCAGGAGCGCCUGGCCCAGGCACGGGAGGCCCUGGCUCUGGAGGAGAAUGCCACCUCCCAGAAGGUGCUGGAUAUCUUUGAACAGAGGCUGGAGCAGGUUGAGAGUGGCCUCCACCGGGCCCUGCGGCUACAGCGCUUCUUCCAGCAGGCACACGAAUGGGUGGAUGAGGGUUUUGCUCGGCUGGCAGGAGCUGGGCCGGGUCGGGAGGCUGUGCUGGCUGCACUGGCCCUGCGGCGGGCCCCAGAGCCCAGUGCCGGCACCUUCCAGGAGAUGCGGGCCCUGGCCCUGGACCUGGGCAGCCCAGCAGCCCUUCGAGAAUGGGGCCGCUGCCGGGCACGCUGCCAAGAGCUGGAGAGGAGGAUUCAGCAACACCUGGGAGAGGAGGCGAGCCCACAGGGGUACCGGCGACGGCGAGCAGACAGUGCCAGCAGCGGAGGGGCCCAGUGGGGCCCCCACAGCCCCUCACCCAGCCUCAGCUCCUUGCUGCUCCCCAGCAGUCCUGGGCCACGGGCAGCCCCAUCCCAUUGCUCCCUGGCCCCAUGUGGAGAAGACUAUGAGGAGGAGGGCCCUGAGCUGGCUCCAGAAGCAGAGGGCAGGCCCCCACGGGCUGUGCUGAUCCGAGGCCUGGAGGUCACCAGCACUGAGGUGGUAGACAGGACAUGCUCACCUCGGGAACAUGUGCUGUUGGGCCGGGCCGGGGGGCCAGACGGACCCUGGGGAGUAGGCACCCCCCGGAUGGAGCGCAAGCGAAGCAUCAGUGCCCAGCAGCGUCUGGUGUCUGAGCUGAUUGCCUGUGAACAAGAUUACGUGGCCAUCUUAAGUGAGCCAGUACCACCCCCUGGGCCUGAGCUGACUCCUGAACUUCGAGGCACCUGGGCUGCCACCCUGAGUGCCCGGGAAAGGCUUCGCAGCUUCCACCGGACACACUUUCUGCGGGAGCUUCAGGGCUGCGCCACCCACCCCCUGCGCAUCGGGGCCUGCUUCCUUCGCCAUGGGGACCAGUUCAGCCUUUACGCCCAGUACGUGAAGCACCGGCACAAACUGGAGAAUGGUCUGGCUGCGCUCAGCCCCUCCACCAAGGGCUCCAUGGAGGCUGGCCCUUACCUGCCCCGAGCCCUGCAGCAGCCCCUGGAACAGCUGGCUCGGUAUGGGCGGCUCCUGGAGGAGCUCCUGAGAGAAGCUGGGCCUGAGCUGAGCUCUGAGCGCCAGGCCCUUGGGGCUGCUGUGCAGCUGCUCCGGGAACAAGAGGCCCGUGGCAGAGACCUGCUGGCUGUGGAGGCGGUGCGUGGCUGUGAGAUAGAUCUGAAGGAGCAGGGACAGCUCUUGCAUCGAGACCCCUUCACUAUCAUCUGUGGCCGAAAGAAGUGCCUUCGCCAUGUCUUUCUCUUUGAGCAUCUCCUCCUGUUCAGCAAGCUCAAGGGCCCUGAAGGGGGGUCAGAGAUGUUUGUUUACAAGCAGGCCUUUAAGACUGCUGACAUGGGGCUGACAGAAAACAUCGGGGACAGUGGGCUCUGCUUUGAGCUGUGGUUUCGGCGGCGGCGUGCACGAGAGGCAUACACUCUGCAGGCAACCUCACCAGAGAUCAAACUCAAGUGGACAAGUUCGAUUGCCCAGCUGCUGUGGAGACAGGCAGCCCACAACAAGGAGCUCCGAGUGCAGCAGAUGGUCUCCAUGGGCAUUGGGAAUAAACCCUUCCUGGACAUCAAAGCCCUUGGGGAGCGGACGCUGAGUGCCCUGCUCACUGGAAGAGCCGCCCGCACUCGGGCCUCCGUGGCCGUGUCAUCCUUUGAGCAUGCCGGCCCCUCCCUUCCCGGCCUUUCGCCGGGAGCCUGCUCCCUGCCUGCCCGCGUCGAGGAGGAGGCCUGGGAUCUGGACGUCAAGCAAAUUUCCCUGGCCCCAGAAACACUUGACUCUUCUGGAGAUGUGUCCCCAGGACCAAGAAACAGCCCCAGCCUGCAACCCCCCCACCCUGGGAGCAGCACUCCCACCCUGGCCAGUGGAGGGAUCUUAGGGCUAUCCCGGCAGAGUCAUGCUCGAGCCCUGAGUGACCCCACCACACCUCUGUGACCUGGAGAAUAUCCAGAACUUGCCUGCAGCUUCUCCUCUCAACAUACUUUGGGCUGGGAUGGCAGUGGGGCAUAAUGGAGCACUGGGCGAUCACUGAAUUUCUUCCCUCUGCUUCUCGGACACAGAGGAGGUCUAAGGACCAGAGCAUUGCCCUGCCACCACUCUCUCUAGUCUCCCUAGCUUGGUGCCUUCUCCUGCAGGAGCCAGAGCAACCACAUUGCUUGCCUUCAUACCCUGGAGGUGGGGAAGUUACCCCUCUUCUGGUGCUUUCCCAUCCUGGGCCACUGAAUCCAGGACAUCACUCCCAUGCCAGCCCUCCCUGGCAGCCUGUGUUCUCCUCUUUUCUCACCCCCUGACUCUCCCUGAGAAGAAUCAUCUCUGCCAGGUCAACUUGAGUUCCUGGUGACUCCAUUCUGAGAUGCCACAGGAAAUGGAGCUAUGCAAACAGUAACAGGAGGGUGUGACAGAGGAACUGUAGACUUUAUAUAUGUAAUUACUAUUAUAAUACUAUUGUUAUAUUAAAUGUAUUUACACAUACUUUGCCUCCAAGGAGCUAGAGUAGUCCUCUGGAUUAAGGUGAUAAAUAACUUGAGCACUUUCCCUCAUCCAGCCCUUAACUAGAACACAGAAAAUAAAACCAAGAAGGGAAGGCCCCCUCUACCCUUCCCAGGCCCAGAGCUGACUGUGCAUGAGCCUAGGAGAAUGUGCCUCCUCCACAGUGGCUCCCAGAGGCUCCAGACACUCUCUGAAGCUCCUUCUCCCACAUUACACCUACUCCUUGAGGCUGAACUGGUUGUAGACAAACUGGGAUCCAGUUCAGUCCAGCAGUUCUCAAAAUGAGGUCCUCGGGCCACAGCGGAUGAGAACCUGCUUGGCUACUUGUUGAAUGCUAAUUCUUGAACCCCACCAGAGCUGCUGCAUCGAAACCUGGGGGUAAACCCAAUAUUCUGCAUUUCUUAUCAAACUCUUUGGGUGAUAACUAAGUGUCUGAAGAGAUUACUGUUUCCUGAGCAUAGGGCCCAAGGAGGGGAGCGGGACAUGGGCAGCCAGACAGACACAGGGCCCUGUGCCUCAAGACACCUGUUUAUUGGGGACACGACUCUGCGACAGGGAUGACAGGAAUCGUACCAAAAAUAGCAACGUCUACAGGGCCCCUGAUGGGGCUAGAAGGGUACAGUGCCCCCCACCCUCACCCCUUGUACAAAAAUAAACUCUCACGCCUAUGGACCAGCAAA